CCGCAGGUCUCCGCCGGGUCCGCCCCUGUUCCGAGGCCCCGCCUCCCCGUGAAUCAGCUGAUCUCGCGAAGUCGCGGUGCUGUGCGGCUCCCGCUGGGUGCCCGCCGAGCUCGGUACUGCGGGUGGAGCGUCAGGCCUUAAGAUUCCUUUUGCAAAGGGAGUGAUGAGGUGAUGGGGUGCUCCUACUGACCGAUGGACUCAAAGAAGAAAAGUUCAGCAGAAGCAGAGGGAUCCAAAGAAAGAGGCCUGGUCCAUGUCUGGCAGGCAGGAUCCUUUCCCCUAACACCAGAGAGGCUGCCAGGCUGGGGAGGAAAGACUGUUCUUCAGGCGGCCCUUGGAGCGAAACAUGGAGUUCUUUUGACUGAAGAUGGUGAGGUCUACAGUUUUGGGACCCUUCCCUGGAGAAGUGAACCAACAGAAAUUUAUCCAAGCAGCCCCAUUCUAGAAAAUGCCCUGCUUGGACAUCGUGUUGUUGCUGUGGCGACGGGGAGCUUCCACAAUGGAGCAGUGACAGAAAGUGGCGUCGCAUACAUGUGGGGGCAGAAUUCUGCUGGCCAGUGUGCGGUGGCCAACCAGCAGUACGUGCCAGAACCGAACCCCAUCAGCAUUUCGGAUUCGGAGACCAGCCCUUUGUUAGCAGUCAGGAUUUUGCAGUUGGCAUGUGGGGAGGAGCACACACUGGCAUUGUCAAUAAGCAGAGAGAUUUGGGCCUGGGGUACCGGCUGUCAGCUGGGUCUUAUCACCACUACCUUCCCAGUGACAAAGCCACAAAAAGUAGAGCACCUUGCUGGGCGAGUGGUACUACAAGUUGCCUGUGGCGCGGCCCACAGCCUGGCGCUUGUGCAGUGCCUCCCUUCCCAGGAUCUGAAGCCAGUCCCCGAAAGGUGCAACCAGUGCAGCCAGCUGCUCAUUACUAUGACAGACAAGGAGGACCACGUGAUCAUAUCAGACAGCCAUUGUUGCCCUCUAGGUGUGACACUGUCAGACUCGGCAGAAAGCCAUGCCAGCACUGCCGUCAGCCCCUCUGCCGAGACCCUGGACAGUCAGGGCGAAGUGUUUGAGAGUGCUCUCGCGGAAGCUGAACCGAAGGUGGGAAGUGUUCAGACCACAAGUGGUAAUGCCAUUUCCUCCCAGCAAAACACCCCGGGAACAACCGAAAUUUCUGCCAGAAAUGUCCCCUCAUACUCUGACACCCAGGCAGUAAAUGCAUACUUGCAGAAGCUGACAGAUCAUUCGACGAGGGAGGACUCAGAGAAUGAGGAAAAGCCAAGGCCAUCUCAGCCUCUUGUAGAAGAAGCAGUUCCUAAUCUUCACAGCCCACCAACCACAAGCUCCUCAGCCCUCAACAGCCUCGUGGUCUCCUGUGCCUCUGCUGUCGGUGUGAGAGUGGCUGCGACGUACGAAGCGGGGGCCUUGUCUCUUAAGAAAGUUAUGAACUUCUAUAGCGCAGCCCCUUGUGAAGCAGGAGCUCAGUCAGGUAGUGGUUCCACAGGCCCAGAGGGUCUGAAAGACAGCAGAGAAGAGCAGGUGAAACAGGAAUCCAUGCAGGGCAAGAAAAGCUCCAGUCUUGUGGAUGUCAGAGAGGACGAGUCCGAGGGAGGCAGCCGAAGGCUGUCCCUUCCGGGAUUGUUGUCACAAGUUUCUCCGCGGCUCUUAAGAAAGGCUGCCCGGGUGAAAACAAGAACAGUGGUUCUGACCCCCACGUACAGCGGUGAGGCAGAUGCGCUCCUGCCUUCCCUGAGAACAGAGGUGUGGACGUGGGGGAAAGGCAAGGAGGGGCAGCUGGGACAUGGCGACGUUCUGCCCAGGCUUCAACCCUUGUGUGUCAAGUGUCUGGAUGGCAAAGAGGUCAUCCAUCUGGAGGCAGGUGGUUACCAUUCUCUUGCACUUACUGCAAAAUCUCAGGUUUACUCAUGGGGUAGCAAUACCUUUGGUCAGCUUGGUCAUUCUGAUUUUCCAACAACAGUUCCUCGACUUGCAAAGGUUAGCAGUGACAACGGAGUCUGGAGCAUAGCUGCAGGCCAGGAUUAUUCCCUGUUUUUGGUGGACACAGAAGACUUCCAGCCUGAGUUGUAUUACAGUGGCCGCCAGGACGCUACAGAAGGUGACAGCCUCGUGGAGAAUCCCAGCGGUACUAAGGCUCCAGUGCUUCUCUCCUGUAGCAAGCUUGGAUAUAUAAGCAGAGUGACAGCAGGAACAGAUAGCUAUGUAGCUUUGAUGGACAAAAAUAUUAUGGGGUAUAUUGCCAGUCUCCAUGAGUUGGCUACUACAGAAAGACGGUUUUACUCAAAACUAAGUGAAAUCAAAUCUCAGAUACUUAGACCUCUUCUCAGUUUAGAAAAUUUGGGCAGUGUGUCUACAGUCCAGCUGUUGCAGGAGGUGGCGAGCCGAUUCAGCAAGCUGUGUUACCUCAUUGGUCAGCAUGGAGCCUCACUGAGCAGCUUCCUGCAGGGACUGAAGGAAGCCCGGAGUCUGGUCAUCCUGAAGCAUGCGAGUCUCUUCUUGGAUAGUUACACAGAGUAUUGCACAUCAAUUACCAACUUCCUGGUCAUGGGAGGAUUCCAGCUUCUUGCCAAGCCUGCUAUUGAUUUUUUAAAUAAAAACCAAGAGCUGUUGCAAAAUUUAUCAGAAGUCAAUGAUGAAAACACUCAAUUGAUGGAAAUACUGAAUACCCUGUUUUUCUUGCCAAUCAGACGACUUCAUAAUUAUGCAAAAGUUUUGCUAAAGCUUGCUACUUGCUUUGAAGUGGCAUCUCCAGAAUAUCAGAAAUUACAGGACUCCAGUUCUUGUUACGAGUCUCUUGCUCUCCAUCUCGUCAGGAAAAGGAAGGAAGCAGAGUACACACUGGGCUUCUGGAAGACCUUUCCUGGAAAAAUGACGGACUCCUUGAGGAAGCCCGAGCGCCGGCUGCUGUGUGAGAGCAGUAACCGGGCCCUGUCGCUGCAGCACGCCGGCAGGUUUUCUGUGAAUUGGUUCAUUCUCUUUAAUGAUGCCCUGGUCCAUGCCCAGUUCUCCACACACCACGUGUUCCCUUUGGCCACACUGUGGGUGGAGCCGCUCUCCGAAGAAGCGGGCAGUGUAAAUGGCUUAAAGAUAACUACACCAGAAGAGCAGUUCACUCUGGUUUCAUCAACACCCCAGGAAAAGACGAAAUGGCUCCGGGCUAUAAGCCAAGCUGUGGAUCAGGCCUUGAGGGGGACCUCUGAUUUUCCAGCCUGUGGAGGUGGUAGCAGUGUCCAGAGACAGGAGCCACCCAUUUCACGAAGUGCCAAAUACACUUUCUACAAGGAUCCUCGCCUAAAGGACGCCACUUACGAUGGGCGCUGGCUUUCAGGAAAGCCUCAUGGCAGGGGGGUUUUGAAGUGGCCUGACGGGAAGAUGUAUUCUGGCAUGUUCAGGAAUGGCUUGGAGGAUGGUUAUGGUGAAUAUAAAAUCCCAAACAAGGCCCUGAAUAAAGAAGACCACUAUGUAGGCCAUUGGAAAGAAGGAAAAAUGUGUGGCCAAGGAGUUUAUAGUUACGCCUCUGGUGAAGUAUUUGAAGGCUGCUUUCAAGAUAACAUGCGUCAUGGGCAUGGUCUCCUCCGGAGUGGAAAGCUGACCUCCUCUUCUCCCAGCAUGUUCAUUGGCCAGUGGGUAACGGAUAAGAAAGCAGGAUAUGGGGUCUUUGAUGAUAUCACCAGAGGAGAAAAGUAUAUGGGAAUGUGGCAAGAUGAUGUAUGUCAAGGGAACGGAGUGGUAGUUACCCAGUUUGGAUUAUACUAUGAAGGCAAUUUCCAUCUUAAUAAGAUGAUGGGCAGUGGGGUUUUACUUUCCGAAGAUGAUACUAUCUAUGAGGGAGAAUUUUCCGAUGAUUGGACUCUUAGUGGAAAGGGAACUCUAACUAUGCCAAAUGGAGAUUAUCUUGAAGGUUAUUUUAGUGGAGAAUGGGGAUCUGGCAUAAAAAUCACUGGAACCUAUUAUAAGCCCAGUCUCUAUGAGAGUGAUAAAGACAGACCCAAAGUUCUCAGGAAGCUCGGGAACCUAGCAGUGGCGGCAGACGAGAAGUGGAGAGCAGUGUUUGAUGAAUGCUGGCACCAGCUGGGGUGCGAGAGCCCCGGGCACGGGGAGGUGUGGAAAGCGUGGGAUAACAUUGCCGUGGCCCUGACCACCAGUCGUCGCCAGCACAAGGACAGUCCAGAAAUUAUGAGCCGUUCACAGACUCAGACUCUAGAGAGUUUGGAAUACAUUCCUCAGCAUGUUGGUGCCUUCUCUGUGGAGAAAUAUGACAACAUCAAGAGGUAUUUAAUAAAGGCCUGUGACACUCCUCUGCACCCUCUGGGCAGGCUUGUGGAGACACUGGUUGCUGUGUAUAGAAUGACAUAUGUGGGUGUGGGAGCCAACCGCCGACUACUGCAGGAAGCUGUAAAAGAGAUUAAGUCCUAUCUCAAGCGAAUUUUCCAGCUGGUGAGGUUCCUGUUCCCCGAGCUUCCUGAAGAGGGCAGCACAAUUCCUCUGUCUGCUCCUCUGCCAACCGAAAGGAAGUCCUUUUGUACUGGGAAGUCGGAUUCCAGGUCUGACUCUCCAGAACCAGGUUAUGUAGUAACAAGUUCUGGAUUAAUACUUCCGGUGUUGCUGCCUCGGCUGUACCCUCCUUUGUUCAUGCUUUAUGCCUUGGACAAUGAUCGCGAGGAAGACAUUUACUGGGAAUGUGUUCUGCGGUUAAAUAAGCAGCCAGACCUCGCUCUCCUGGGCUUUCUUGGAGUGCAGAGGAAAUUUUGGCCAGCAACCUUGUCAAUCCUUGGAGAGAGUAAAAAGGUUGUGCCAACCACAAAAGAUGCUUGUUUUGCCUCUGCAGUAGAAUGUCUGCAGCAGAUCAGUACAACCUUUACCCCAUCAGACAAACUUAAGGUCAUCCAGCAGACUUUUGAAGAGAUCUCCCAGAACGUCCUGGCGUCACUCCAGGAAGACUUCUUGUGGUCCAUGGAUGACUUGUUCCCUGUGUUCUUGUAUGUGGUGCUGCGGGCCAGGAUUAGGAAUUUAGGCUCUGAGGUCCAUCUCAUUGAGGAUCUGAUGGACCCCUAUCUUCAGCAUGGGGAACAAGGCAUAAUGUUCACUACCUUGAAGGCCUGUUACUACCAGAUCCAGCGUGAGAAGCUUAACUAGACUGCAUAACAGCCCUAAACUGGAUUAGCCGCCGUGGAGAAUUACAGCACCAUCUGGAGUCUCUGUAGCGGCAAACAAGAACAGUGUUGAAUUGGACAGGACUUGGUGUUAUUUUAGCUGUUAUUUCUGAGCCUUACUAAUAAUUAGACCUGAGCCUAGCAUGGGGAAAUACUGUGUGGUCACGGGGAAGGAGGUAAAAGUCAGGAUCAGUCAGUCUUUGGUGUAUGUUAUGUUCCCAAAAUUUCAAACACCUCCAAUCUGGGAAAAAAGGUUAACCUCUUCUACAGUAAAGGGUAUGUCAGCUACAUGCACGUGUAAGAAAGCUUGCCAGCAUAACUUCUUGCAUUGAAAAGGUUGAUGUGGUUGUGUGUGUGUUUCUGGUUGGCCUAACUCCAUCUCCAGCUGGCCCAGGUCCCGUGGCGAGGGGCAGGGUGCGCUCGGGGCUCUAGUCGCCACGCCACGCUUCCACCCCCUCUCCCACGUGUGCAGCAUGCUUCUGUGCUCGGAGGGGAAGGGGGUUUUACAUGCAGUCUUCACUUUCCCUCAGCCUUUCCUUCCCUCACAGUAUUCAUAAUGGGAGAGGUUCUAUGUGGGACUCUCACCUCCCUGACCUCAAACACGGAAUGCAUCCAAAUAGGAAUCUUCCGCCUCUGGAUUCGAAAGAACGUAGGGAUUCUGCUUCUGGCUUUCUCGCUGUGCUGCCGGGUGAAUACACUGGAAUUCAGACACUGACUCUGAGCUGCUGCAGAACCUUGCUGGUCCACGUGCAUUCUGAGGCCAUGAGCUUCUGCAAGAGGCUGGUCCACGGGGCAGGUGUGGAGACUGGCAAACAGCAGCAGAGAGCCGCAGUGGUCCCUAACUCGAGUUGUGUUUCUUCCCUGUACCUCACACUGAACUUGCAGAUGGGAAGAAAGGACCCGAGCUUUGGCUUUUCUCGUCCUAAAAGUAUUGUGGCACCUCAGCAUUUUAUCACUUUGCUUUUUUACAAAAUGUCUUAGAUUGUUGGUUUACACUGUACCAGUAACACUAGUAGCGUUUUGGAUAACAUAGGUGCUCUUCCUCAUCUCCUCCCCACACACCAUGGCGAGCAUACAGCAUCCUGAUUUUGUGAAGUGAUUCAGCGGAUGUUAAUUACUUUUAAAAAGGAUCAUGGUUUCUGCCCUACUUUAUAAUCAAGACAACUGUUUGUUAAAAUACUGUUUUGGAAUGUUGGCUGUAAUGUACCAGCAAUUUUCUUAAUAAAAACAGUCAUCUUUG